CCUUUGUAAAUCCAAAACAGCUGAUAAAAAGAAAAACAGAAAUGCAAUUUCAUCUCCCCUUGCCCAUGGCCACAAGCUGUCGUCGAAUCCGACCACCGUUAUCGAAUCCGACAACUGCGGAAUCUGAAACCGCCGCCCAAUCCGAACAAGCUCACGGCUAGAUAUUCGUUCCAUAUUGCUCUUUUCCUUUCUCCUCGACAAUGUUUCCUCUUUUUCUGAAAAUUUUUUCCUUUCCACCUUCUCGUCUUUCUCGCAAGGUUUUUACUACGUUUAAAGUGCGUGGGUUCUCAUCAUAUUCUUCUCCUCCCAAGGUUUCAGUAUCAGUAUGGUGGCACAUUGACAGCUGUCCCGUGCCCUCUGGGUUUAGCUUUUCCAAGGUAGCACCUUCAAUUACGGCAGCCGUUAGAGCUAACGGGAUUAUGGGUACAAUUCGUAUUCGCGCUUAUGGUGAUGUCGUCGACAAAGAGGCUCUUAAUUCAACCAACAUUACUCUACACUCCUUUUUCGACGAUUACCCUUUUCCAUUGCACAAAACUUAUACGGAUACAAAGAACAAUACCUAUAAACAUUUUCUUGCGGAUCUUAAUGAUUGGGUUUCCGAAAAUCCUCCACCACGACACCUCUUUUUGAUAUUUGGUAAGGAAGAAUUCUCUAGCAGUGGCGUAUUGCACCGGUUAAGAAUGUGCAACUACAAUAUCUUGCUUGCAUGUCCCGGAUGGGCUCAUGUUGAUGCUCUCUGCCAUGCAGCAACUAUAAUGUGGGAGUGGUCUUCAAUGCUCAAUGGGGAUGACCUUACAGGAAAACAUUUCAACUAUCCUCCUGAUGGUCCCACUAAUUCAUGCUAUGAAAACUCAAAUGCGCCUCUUGAAAACCCCUUCUCAGUUGUUGAGUUGCACACAUCUUCACAAAAUUCGGAGGAGAUAUCCAAACCUACCUUGGACAUAAAGUCUUUUUCUAGGCAGGUUAUGAAAAUAUUGUGUUCGCAUCCAAAUGGGAUCUCCAUAGGAGAUCUUCGUGCAGAGUUGACAAAGUGUGAUGUGCCUUUGGUUAAACGCUUCUAUGGAAAUAAAAAGUUUUCCGACUUUCUAAUAUCUAUAUCAUAUGUAGAGCUCCAGUAUUUAGGAGGAGAUAAUUUUUGGGUGUGUUUGGUCCCAUCAACGACAUCUGCUGUUAAGAAUAACCAGAAGGAUGGUGCCACAACUCAAAAAGUGCGCAAUGACGGUAAAAAUAUGGAUAGAAGUGCAGAUGGGGUUCCCAAAAUAUCCUCAUCGUGUGUUAGCAGCGAGGGUGAUGAUUUAAAAUCAUUCCAAUCUAUCCCUUCACAAGGAAAACCUCUCGGGGAAUACGCUGAUGGUAAAUCAUCAUAUUUCUGUAGUUGGAUUAGUAGUUGGUGGACAUUUUUGAAAAGCAGGGCUAGUCAUUUUGAAGAGCCCAAGUCAUCAGAACUGCAACAGGAUCUUAGUCAUCCUCUGCAACCUCAUUGGGAUAACUUUAAAUUUAGGGUUGCAGUAUGGUGGGACUUUGACAGCUGUGGCGUCCCCUCCGGCAUUAGCUUUUUGAAUGUAGCACCUUCAAUUAUGGGAGUUCUUAGAGCCAACAGGAUUAAGGGCCCAAUUCAUAUCGACGCUUAUGGCGAUGUUUCUCAACUUUCACAGAUCAAACAAGAAGCACUUUUCCUAUCAGGCAUUGAUCUCCACCACGUUCCAGGUGGAAAGAACAAGAACAAAUGCUUUGUGGAUUGGUUUUCUUAAAAUCCCUCACCCAUACACCGCUUUUUGAUAUCUGGUGAUAAAGACAUAGACUUCUCCUGCAUAUGGCUUCGAAACUUUUAUAGGAGGGAGAACGACAACAUCUUCCUUGCAUGUCCAGGAAAGGAUCAUGGUUAUGUCAGCAGAUCAGCAUUUAUAGUAUGGCAGUGGUCUUCAAUGCUCAAGGGGAAAUAUCUUACUGGAAAAUAUUUCAUGUCUCCUUGUGGUUGGUAUGCUAAGGCGCGGAUGCCUCUUUAAUACCCUCCCGGGUGGUAUAGAAACUGGAAGGUGCGUCUUGAAAAUCCCUUCUUAGCUGCUGAGGAGCCCACAUCUACACCAAAUGUAGAGAUCCAUAAACUUUCUUCGUACUUAAAGCUUUUUGAUGUAGAUCCAAAGGUGUGUUAUAGGCGGGUUAGGGAGGUAUUGAGUUCGCACCCGAACGGAAUCUCCAUCGGAGAACUUCAGACGAGAUUGGGUAUUCCUGGAAAUAAUAUGAAGUAUUACAAAGUGGUAGCAUCUAUACCACAAGUACAACUCUUGUAUAUAGGAUAUCGUAAUUUUUGUGUACGUUUGAUCCCAUCAAACAACAUCUACCGCUGAGAAGAAGAAGCAGAGGGAUGUUGAUCAUUCAGAAAUGCCUGUGUUAUUUUCUACUGAUUCUUUUGGGGAUGAUGUGGAAACUUUUGUUUUCUCAUCUAGAGGAUCACGUCUUAUUUCCCGUUCAGUAAGCAGGGAGGAUCUGGCUCAUAGAUUACAAAGGCAUGUACCCAGGUUUUUUAUGUCUCUCACCGAAAAUGAAAUCCUUCAAUUGGUGGAAUUGUUGAUAACAAAGUUUAAAUGGUUGAAGGAAAGCCCCUCAGAAGCAUUUCCUUUUAUUUUAACUCAAUCUGUUAGGUUUCGACCAAAAAAAAGAAAAACCUCAAUCUAUUAGGCUAACUAUGCCUACUUUAUAACUGAAAGAGCUGCUAAUUGAUGGCACAUGGAGCAGAAUUCUUGAGAUCCGUCUUCUCAGCCCCUCCCUCUGUUUAGCAAGCCCGAUAAGUUAGAGGACUAAAGGAUCAAUUGAGCCAAUCAGAUACUACGAUCCUUAAUGCAAGAUUUAAGUACUUUAGCUUUGAAUUAAAUUUUGUAAUGAGUUUCAGAACUUGUUCUACUAUAAAGGCUAUAACCCAAUAUAUGAAAAUAAAUCGUAAGAAUAGGUAUAAAAACUAUUGGAUUUAUUAGCCUAUUUAUCAUAAUAUAAAUUAUUAUUUGUCAUUUGUCCUAAUAAUCAUUAAAAUGAAGGUGAUUGAA